AUGGACAACAAGAACGAGCCGACGGCCCAGCAUGACGACAAGCUGAGGGCCGAACAGCUUGAAGAUGCGAACGUGGCCGCGACAGCUGCGCUGCCGACAACGCAGGCGAACGAGAAGCUCAGUUUCCGUGAUUUGUGGGAGAACAAGCGUGUUUUAGGGUUCUGCUUGAUGAUCUACCUUUUACCCAUCAAUUUUGGCUACGAAGUUUCGACCAUCGGAAAACUACUCGCCGUAACCCCCUUUGCUCAGCGUUUCGGCCACGAGAUCAACGGAAAAUGGCAGGUCGCCGCCCGAGACCAACAGAUUCUCAAUGCCGCGGGCACGAUCGGAAUCUUUGUCUCGGCAUUUGCAACAGGUUUCAUCAGCGACAUCUUUGGCCGCAAAAAGACUAUCGGCGUCGCUUGCUUGAUUUGCUGCGGUGGCACGAUUCUACAAUACUUUGCUUCAAGCAUCAUGAUGCUUUUCGGCGGUAAGGUCGUUGCCACUUUUGGAUUCGGUCUUGGCCAUUCACUGGGACCUGUCUUUGUUGCCGAGCUCGCACCGGUCAAGAUGCGCGGUGUAUGCCUUGUCCUGGUCAAUACAAUGAUUACUGUUGGCCAAUGGCUCAACUCGGCGACGGUACUGGCGAGCGACCAUUAUCACAACGAUCUCUCUUGGCGAAUCCCGUUGAUUACGCAACUCAUUCCUCCUGGACUACUUCUUUGCGGUUUGGCGUUCUUGCCCGAGUCUCCUAGUUGGCUUCUCAUCAAGGGUCGUCGCGAGGAAGCUGCCAAAUCAUACAGAAGAUUCAACGGGCCCAACUUUGACGUUGAUGCUGCGUUGGCGGUCGCCACUGUUGCCAUUGCUAAAGAGCAGGAGGCCAAAAAGGAACAGGAGUCAGCUCGCUGGGUUGACUGUUUUAAGGGAGUCAACGGCAGGCGCACAGCAAUCAUCGUGAUGGUCUAUCUCUCUCAGCAAGCCAUUGGUGUGAACUUCGUUUCAGGCUACCUCACAUACUAUUUCCGAUUAGCUGGAAUCAACAACCCCCUUGCAAUCGGCCAGGCAGCCUACGCAAUUCAGUUCGUCGGCAACAUGACCUCCUGGCCACUUGUGGAUCGAUACGGAAGACGACCAUUGAUCGUUGGCGGCGUUUUCACCAUGACAGCACUUUUGCUUCUCAUCGGCGGCAUCAGCACCAUCGGCAACCAAGCUUCACUGACAGCAACAGUCGCCUUCAUGGUCAUCUGGGGGUACUUGUACCAAGCGACUUUGGGUGCUGUCGCAUAUUCUGUCGGAGGAGAAACUGCCAGCAUCAACAUCAUGUGCUCGACCGCGGCAUCCUGCUUAGUAUUGCAGGUGAUGCCCUACCUGCUGAACACAGACCAGGCCAACUUGGGCGGCAAGAUUUGCUUCAUUUUCUUCGGCCUGUCAUUGCCCAUGUGCGCAUGGCUUUAUCUCUACUUCCCCGAGAUGAAGGGUCGCAACUACGCCGAGAUUCAAGAAAUGUUCAGCAAUCGCGUGCCGGCCCGCAAGUUCAAGUCUUAUGUUUGUGAGGUCAGCGCCGGGGGCCAGGAGGAGAAGAAACUGCAGGACGAAGCAUGA